AUUUGCCGCGCGUAGAUGUCAGCAUGUGCUGUGGCUUUCGUAAUCCACAAAGUGUCCGAAUAGUCUCGCGAAGAAUCGCCGUCGUUGUCGUGGGUGCUUCUUAUUUCUCUUAUUACGAGUGAAAAUGGCGUCCUUGGUGGCAAGUGGUGUUCGUUUGUUGGCCAGGAGAAAUGCCGGUUUCAGAAACUCGCUCAAUCGGCUAUGUUCUGUCCGUGUCACGCUCGCCGUACGGCCGGAAUGCGAGCAGCGAAUGCUGCAUUGCGCUGCACGAAUUACUCUUGUAAAUGCACCGCAGGGCUUAAGGGACACACGCAUCAAGCAGGUGCGCCACUACAGUCAUAAGACCCCGCUAACUCUUGACCUUAUCGGUCAGCGAGUCCUGUUGUUAUUAAAACUUUAUGAUAAAGUUGAUGUUUCAAAGCUAACUUUGGAGUCGCAUUUUAUGAAUGACCUGGGCCUUGAUUCUUUGGACCAUGUAGAGAUUAUCAUGGCAGUAGAAGAUGAGUUUGGCUUUGAGAUUCCAGAUAUGGAUGCAGAAAGAUUACUAAGACCUACAGACAUAGUACGUUACAUAGCCGAUAAAGAAGACGUGUACGACUAAUAUGUCGUGUACAUAUAUUAUUUAUAUGUAUACGUUUAGUCAACAUUCACCAUUGCUCUAACAUGGAGUAAUGAGUCACAGCAUCUUACUUUGCUGUCAUUGUUUUUUCUGUAUAUAAAUUAAUCAUCAUUAUAUGAAUAAAGUAAGCGAAUUGUUA